GAAACGAAUCAUCUUCUUGUUGUCUCUGGGGUAAAAAAGCGCAAAGAGAAACGAGAAAGAAAAACUUGAGGGAACAGCAGAUCUUGGGGCAGACAGACGCGUGGGCCUACUAAUAAAGGGAAAAAGAACAAAGCACGACGAAAAGAAGGAAAACUCGAAACUUGAAAGAACGAGGUAGAAAAGCUGAUUGAGUUUCGGCUAUGAAAGGCGAGACCUAAGACAGAGGGGAAGGUUGUUGGUUUUUGGGUUUCUAGAGAGAGGGUCUCCGAGGCUGGGAGCGUUAGGGUGAGAAAAGAAAAUCCAUAAGAGAGCAGAAACGGCAAGAGCGAUCAGGAAGAAUAAGGAGAGACUUGGGGCAGGGAUUUCAGAAGCAAGAAGACGACUUUGAAAGUGGCGGUUAGGGUUCGAAGGAGAGAUUGGAGGAGAACUUAGCCGAGGCUUACUCGAAUACCUUCAUUCGUUCAUCUUUUUGUGUAGAGAUCAGAUGGCCCUACAAGAAAAAUUAGAUCGAUUUAAGAAACAGCAAGAAAAAUGCCAAUCGACUCUCACCAGCAUUGCGGCCAAAGCGGGAUCAUCAAAACCUUCAUCUCAAAAACCCAUACCUAUGGCAGCAUCACCUGCUGCCAAUUUAAAGCCUCCAGUGCCUGCAGUCAAGUUUUCUAAUGAUACAGAGAGACUUCAACAGAUCAACAGCAUUAGGAAAGCUCCUGUCGGUGCUCAGAUUAAGCGUGUCAUAGACCUUUUACUAGAGACAAGGCAAGCUCUAACACCAGAGCAAAUAAAUGAAGCAUGUUAUGUAGAUGCGAAUGCCAAUAAAGCUGUCUUUGACAGUUUGAGGAAUAACCCAAAAGUAAACUAUGAUGGAAGGAGGUUCUCUUACAAGUCCAAGCAUGACCUGAAGGAUAAAAGUCAACUUCUUGUUUUGAUACGGAAAUUCCCUGAGGGCAUUGCAGUCAUUGAUCUCAAGGAUGCAUACCCAAAUGUCAUGGAGGAUUUGCAGGCUUUAAAAGCUGCAGGUCAGGUUUGGCUGCUGUCAAACUUUGAUUCUCAAGAGGAUAUUGCCUAUCCAAAUGAUCCCAGGGUUCCUAUCAAAGUGGAUAAAGAUCUUAAAGAGCUGUUUCGGAAUAUUGAAUUGCCUCGGGACAUGCUGGACAUUGAAAAGGAUCUCCAGAAGAACGGGAUGAAACCUGCAACGAACACAGCAAAGAGGAGAGCUGCUGCCCAGAUUCAGGGUAUUUCAUCCAAGCCGAAGCAGAAGAAGAAGAAGCAUGAGAUUAGCAAGAGGACUAAGCUUACCAAUGCUCAUCUUCCAGAGCUUUUUCAGAACCUCAGAAACUCCUGAAACGUGGAAAGUGAAAAGACGCAAAAUCAACCAGUACGGCGGCUGUGGGUAGAAAUUGUGUUCUGUUACGAAUCUAAGCAGAGCAUUCGUGGAAACUUCAUGUUGGAUUUUUUCCUCAGCUAUAUUUUGUGUAGUCCAUUUAUUUUUGUCUUGGCAAAACAUGUACUUGCUCAAGUGGGAGGAGAAAAAAGAUUGACUGAUGUAAUUUGACCUUUCAAUUUCUGAUAUGGAAAAAUUAUAGGCAUCAUCUUAUGUUGCAUCA